AUGGAUAUACUUUUUAGGAAGAGCAAGAAAAAUAAAAACAGCAAUAACUUAAAAGUGAUAGUUAAACCCAAUAAAGGAUUGAAACAGAGAAGAAAAAGUUUAGAAAGUCCGAUAGAUAUCAUAUAUUCAAAAUGUUGUUGCUGUGGUACAAAUAUUCCAGUGAAAGCAAAUAUUACUAAAUUUAAAUGUGGAAUUUGUCAUGUAACUACAAUUCUGACACCAGUUGAAAUGACAGAUAAUAAUAUUAUUGACAAGGAUCUUGUCUGUUCAGUGACUUAUUUGGAUAGUAUUAUAAAGGGAUGCUUAUCAAAAGUGAAAUCACAGAAUUCAAAUGAUAAAAAUGAAAAAUAUAAAGCAUUGGAACCAAUAUCCAGAUAUGUAACUGAUUGUUUCCAUAAUUAUGAAGUAUUGGAACGAUCAUUUUUACCUAAGUCCAAGUAUCAGAGUCAUACAUUGAUUGACUAUCAAGAGUUAGAAAAAUUUUAUAAAUUACUCAUGAAAUUACCAACAAGAAGACCAUUUUAUAGAAUGCUAUGUGCAAGUAACGAUUUGCUGAAAAAACCUGGUAAUGCACUUAAUUAUAUUAGAUGGUUAUUAAUAAUAUGGGAAAUUCCUUUCGUGAGAUAUUGUUUAACAUCAAAAGUGUAUUCAAAAUUUGACUCUCCAGAAAUAAGGGCAGUUUCAUACGAAUUAACUAAGAGAUGCAUUUGUUAUUUAUCAAAUAUUUCAAAAACAGAUAAAUAUGCAGAAUAUAUUUAUUGUUUAAAGUAUAUGGAUUCUGACAUAUUUUUAUCAAAUGUUGAAAAGAUUAAUUUAUAUAUUACUUAUCAGUUGACGAGAAUAAUGUAUCGUGUAAUUAGGAGAAACGUAAUGAAGGAUAAGAAAAAUGAUAAUUUGUUCAACAGUAACGCAAAUAAUAAUAAUUUCGAGACAAAUAAUGACAUAAUAAGAAAUUCAGACCCAAAUAUUGGAUAUAAUAACAGAAAUAGUGAGCCUGCAGAUUUGUCACCUGCAUCAGAUCCCUUAAUAGAUGAUUUAUGGAAUAUAACACCAGAAGAUAUUAAAACUAUUGAAAUAGAUAGAGGUGGAAAGACAUUGAGACCUAAAGGUUUUAAAUUUAAAACUUCUCAAUAUGAACAUAAUUGGCACAUACGAUCAGCUUGUAAGUUGAUGCUGAUCUUGGAUCUAGCAAAUUCGAAAAGAGGAGGAAACCCAAUUGAAAAUUAUAAUAAUGCUUCAAUGAGUGCUAGUAAAUUUUACAACACGAUGCUAGAUUUCCUAGAUAACAAACAAGAUUUCGAAGUGUGGAGAGGAUUAGACGUCGGUAAUCGACUAUCGUUACUAUUAACAGAAUGGAGUGCCCCACAGAAUCAAAAUAAUAGUACUAGAUUUUCUUUUUGUAAUUAUCCUUUCCUCUUAUCACUUGGUGUAAAAAUUUCGAUUAUGGAGUAUGAAACAAAACGAAUAAUGGAAUAUCAAGCUGAAAAGGCAUUUUUGAGUUCACUAGAUAAAGGAAAGACGAUAGAGGUAUAUUUUAAAAUUAAAAUAAGGAGGGACCAUAUAACGCAUGAUUCUUUGAAGGCAAUUAAAGAACAUCAAGGUGAUUUGUUGAAAUCAUUAAGGGUUGAAUUUAUUAACGAACCAGGUAUUGAUGCUGGUGGUUUAAGAAAGGAAUGGUUUAUUUUACUAACAAAAUCAUUGUUUCAUCCAACAACUGGCUUAUUUGAUCAUAUUAAAGACAGUCGAUUAUGUUGGUUCCCAAUAAAUUCUUCGUCAAAGGCAGAUACCAAAAUUCACUCUCAGAAUGAAUACUAUUAUCUCUUAGGCGUUGUAAUUGCACUGGCCAUGUUUAAUGGUAAUAUAUUAGACUUAAAAUUCCCAAAAGCGCUGUAUAGAAAGAUGUGCAAAGAAACUUUAACAUUCGCUGAUUAUGCAGAAUUAUACCCUGAAACCGCAUCAAAUUUAAUAAAAAUGUUGCAAUACACAGGAGAGGAUUUUAGUAAUAUAUUCUGUUUGUCGUUUGAGGUCACCUAUAAUACUAACGAGAAGGACAAUAAAGGCAGUAAAAAAUCAAAGAAACCUAAUGUCAUCACUGUUGAACUUUGUGAAAACGGUUCGAAUAUUCCUGUAACGCAAGAAAAUAAGGUUAAUUAUGUAAAAGCAUGGAUCGAUUUUUAUUUAACUCAAUCUGUUGCUAUAUCGUUUGGUCUGUUCAUCGAUGGGUUUAAUAGGGUAUUUUCAAAUUGCAAAUCCAUAGGCUUGUUUAGUUCUGAAGAACUAGAACGUUUAUUAUGCGGAGAUGAGGAACAUACUAAGUAUGAUUUUCAAAUGUUACGCUCGGUAACAAGAUAUCAAGGUGGAUUUAUGAAUAAUACUCCUGUUAUAAUCUGGUUUUGGGAGAUACUAGAAAAAUGGGACUAUAAGUUACAAGGUAGAGUAUUGCAAUUUAUUACCAGCUCGAACAGAGUUCCUGCUACCGGAAUUUCUACAUUAACAUUCAAGAUAAGCAGAUUAGGUGCUAGGGAUAGUGAAGAUUUACCAAUAGCUCAUACGUGCUUUAAUGAAUUAUGCUUAUGGGAAUACGGCUCCAAAGCAAAAUUAGAGCAGAAACUAAAAGUGGCUGUGACAGAAUCGGAGGGAUUCGGUAUUCGCUGA